AGCCGAAUGUGGGCCACCGGGAAUGCAGACGCACCCUGGCAACGGACAGCCAACAAACCAAAGAGCAGCACAAAUGGGCAAGACGAGGAGGACGAGGAGAGCUGGUGGGGAUGGUGGGGAUGGUGCGGCUGGGAUUGAGGUGGCGUGGUUGGCCGUGAACCCGGAUGGAGAUGAUCGAAUCACCCGCAAACAACUGUUGGAUGCAGUGCACUUCAUGGGGUUUAACCCAACCAAAAAGGUGAUGCGGGACUUUGCGGCUGAAGUUGCACCGGCUGACGAGCUGUACUCCAUGGAAGACCUGCGCACGCUCACAGCGCGCAUCCCUCCAACUACAGCCGACGACCUCGUGCAGGCGUUCAAGAUCAUUGAUGAGAACGGAGAUGGGUCCCUCUCGCGCAAAGAGCUCGAAAAGGCUCUCAUGAAUUACGGCGAGCGCAUGACGCGAUCCGAGGUGGAGGACGUGAUGAAGUUUGACACGGACAAGAGCGGAUCCAUCGAGUAUCAUGAGUUCUGCAACAUGUGUUUGGCGUUUGCAGACCAGAUCAAGCAGAUGCAGCCACCGCCGUCAAGCGACAAUAAAAACAACGGCAGCACCGGCAGCCGUGACGAUCAUGCUGAAGAUGACGACAACGGCAGUCGUUCAGUCGCUUCAUCCAAGCGACGCACACGCACACGGGCAGGACCAGGGAGGCGGGCGGACAAGACGAGGGCAGAGCGGAGUGGGCGAUCGGGGACAACCAAGAGCGGCCGGUUACCAGCAGCAGCAGUGCGCAGAACCAAGAAGGGGAGGACAACACAAGAUGACGACGAUGACAGCGAGGGCGAUGGUGAUGAUGAUGGUGAUGAUGACGACAGGAGGAUUGAAGGGGGCAGUAAGUCUUUGAGAGGUAGGACGAAGGACGCUCGGGAUACAGAAGCAGCAAGGCGAAGGCGCCGUGGUCACAGCAGUGACGAUGAUGAUGGCGAUGAUGGUGGUGAUGAUGAUGAUGAUGAUGGUGAUGACGAUGAAGGCAGUCGCAGUCGCCGCGGGAAAGAUAGGGAGGUGGAAAAGAAGAACAAGAAGGAACAGGAUGAAAAGGACAAGAAGGCGACGCGCCCAUCUGCCACUGCUCUGAAGGCGUGGACUCGAUGGGAGCUGUUUGGGCGCAUCCAGGCACAGAAGGAGGGCCCCCCAUCCUCGCAGCUGUUUGAAAUCAAGCCAACAAAGAAAACGCGAUUGCUGAUUGACGUGGAGCGGUCGUCAUCGUCGGUGGACACAACUUCCGUUUCGCCGGGAUGUGUCAUUGUGGACGAGAACAACAAGUUCAUUGGCCGCACACGCACGCGCCGCGCGAACCGAGACGUGCAGUCGAUCAUUGUCGAGUUGGAUCCCGGCACGUACACGAUUGUGCCGACGUCUCAGCCGACGCUGAAGCCGCGCGAUGAAAAGAAGGCGAAGAAGACGCCACUCGCCCCGUUGUGCAUCACCGACGACAAUGACGCAAAGUCGUUUACAGAGCAGGCGACGACGGCGCUGGAUGAGGCAUUUAGGAGUUUUGACACGCGGCGAAACGGACGUUUGAGCCGGAGCGAAUACAAUGCGCUCUUGAAACAGACAGAUGGCGAGGAGUGCGAGGAUGACGUGUGGGAGUUUAUCAUUGAGAACUUUGACGCUGAAGAAGGCGAGUUGACACGUCGCGGCUUCUUCCAGAUCUACACACAGCUCGUUGCUGACGAAGACGACGAUGAUGCUGUGUAUCCGCACUUUGAGCACUUGGGAUUCAACCGAAAGCUUGAGAUGGAUGAAGUGGUUCUCUGGAAAAUGACGUGCUACGCUGCAAAGCCAGGGGCUGUGUCCGACAUUUCACUGCACGCGUUUGACGGCGACGUUGCGAGUGCUGCUCUCUCUGCAGCCGAGAGCGACAGGAAGAAGAAGGCGAAGCAGAAAAACAAGGAGAGGGCAUAGUGGGGGUGCAUGCAGUGUUGCUUGUGGCGUGAAUGUGUGUGUGUGUGUGUGUGUGGCGCAAGUGUGUGUGUGCGUGUGCGGUGUGUUUGCGUGCAUGCGUGCCGUGUGUGACAGUGUGUGUCCGAAGAGGGCGUUCAUGGCUGGUGCAUAGAACGCGCAGUGGCAUGUUGACUUGUCAGCUCUGUUUCGUGGGUCUGUUGGUCAUUGAAAAGGCAACAAUCAAAUCACGCCUGUUCUCUCUCCAAAAAAAGAAAGAAAGAAAGAAAGAAAG